AUGUCCUUCGCGGAUCUGCUGGCCCGGUUGGGCGGGAUGGGCCGUUUCCAGGUGACCUACGUGGCGGCUCUGGCCGUGCCGUUGCUCAUGUUGGCCAGCCACAACCUGCUGCAGAACUUCACCGCCGGCGUCCCCGAGCACCACUGCCGGCCCCGCCCCGCGGCCAACGCCAGCGCCGCGCCCCUGCUCGUGGCCGUGCCCCUGGACGGCCACCGGCGGCCCCAGCGCUGCCGCCGCUACGUGGAGCUCCAGUGGCACCUCCUGGGGGCCAAUGGGUCCGCCAACGGGAUGGCCAAGGGGAUGGCCAAUGGGAUGGCCAAUGGGAUGGCCAAUGGGAUGGUCAAGGGGAUGGCCAACGGGAUGGUCAAUGGGAUGGCCAAUGGGAUGGCCAACGGCACGGCCAAUGACGCGCCCACCGAGCCGUGCCGCGAUGGUUGGACCUACGUGGACGGCGUCUUCACCGACACCAUCAUCACUGAGUGGGACCUGGUGUGCGAGUCCAAGCGGCUGCGGCAGUUGGCCCAGUCCAUCUACAUGGGCGGGAUCCUGCUGGGAUCAGGACUCUUCGGGGUCCUCUCCGACAGGUGCGUGGGCAAAUCCCCCCCCCCAGAUCCUCCCAUUUACCCCCACAUCCCCCAUAC